AUGGCCGGCGAAUGCUCGCUGCACUUGCGGCCUCUACACGACGACGGCAAUAGCGAGGACUCGGGUGCAUACGUGCACUGCGUCUCUCCAGGCGACGCGGAGCGUCUACCGACUGACGCGUCAUGCAACGAGCGAGACGGAGAAGAAAGCAGCGCUGCUGAGCUCAAGCUGGUGCGAUUCGCGCCAGGAAGCACAGAUGAAGUUGUAGUCGAUGUUGGCGACGAACAGAGCAGAACCGACCUUGGCCACGACAGACUCGGCAGCAUUCUUCACGCGCCAGACAUCCAGUGGACACUGAAGACGCGCGCGUUUCGCACGUGUCUUGUGUUGGCCAUGCCCUGGGCUGCCUACGCAAUUCUUGACACAGUCUUCACGAAUACGCGGAUGUCGUACUUGGAGUCCAUGGGCAUCUCUGACUUUGUGCCGCGAUUUGUGCCGAGUCUCAUCCAGUUUUUCCUUGGACCAAUCCUUGGCGCCAUGUCGGAUCGCUCUCUGUCGAAGUAUGGAAGACGCAAUGCCUUUUUGAUGGCGGCUGCAGUCAUCGUCACUGUGACAGGGUUGCUGUAUGGGUCAGCCAAUGUGUUGUUCCCCAAUUUCCAAGACUUGACGAAACUGCUUCUUGUGCUGCUCACCGUUGGUGUGCUGCUAUUGAAUAUCGGAUUGCGAGCUCGCAUUAUGGAUAUGGUGCCGAUCGAGUUUCAGGUUCAUGCCCAAGCCACGCUCGCGAUGUAUGAAGGCGUGGGUGCUCUGCUCGGGUCGCUUCUGUUUAGGAGCACGUCCGACGCAGUGGUCUUUGCGAGUGCUAUCAGCGGCAAGGAGAUAUUGAAAGCCUUUGGAUUCGCCAUGGCCGCCAUCUUCAUUACCACUACAGUGUGUAUUUACUUGCGGCCAGAGCAUCCUCAGGACAAACCCAUAUUUCAACCUCGGCUCACCCGCGUCGGCCGUGAAGCGUGGCAGCAAGUUGUGCACGCGCCGAAAGUCUUUCGGUUUUUAUGCGUCGUGUACUUUGUGCUGUCUUUCGCUUGGUUAAGUUUUUCGGAUGGAGUUUACCAAUGGUGGGGCGCGAACGUAUACGGAGGCUGCAAAGCUGCAGACUGCGACGAUAACAGCCAAAUUGCUUACAAGAGAGGACUCAACACAGCGAACACAGCGCUUAUCUCUCAGAAUGGCCUCAUGGCGGUGAUUUGCUUCAUUGUGCUACUGAUCAUGCCACGAGUUCCCGAUGCAAGCUACCUCAAACGCUUCACCGUGCUAGGACUCGCGAUCGGAACCUGCGCGCUCGUGGUUGCAGUUUCAGUGGGGAGCUUCUCCAAGGAGGUGGCGUUUGCCAGCUUCGUCAUUACAGCCUUUUACCAAACGGUUGCGAACAUCUUUCCCUUUUCGAUCGUUGGAAUCAUGGGCAAGGAGCUGCAGACUUCGGUUCAUGGAUUCAACAACAACGGACUCUACGUCGGAGUGCUCAUGCUGUUCGAAGCAGCGUCAGACUUGACCGUACAAGUCUAUGGUACCGAGAGCUUGUCGCCGCUGGGCGCGGGAAAUGUGCUCACACUCCCGUGCAUCCUGUUCGGGGUCGGAAUUGCGUGUACGGCCAGCUUCGUGGCAAUGCUUGAUCGUCGUUGA